AUGCUGCGCUUUCGACAUGGAGACGUCGAUGUGCCCACUGGGCCUGAGGAAACGCCGAGCACGGUAAUGAAGACAUACAUGGUGCUGGCCGUUCUGAUAUUGAUGGCCAUAUUCCAUUGGUACUUCGUGGCGACGCAUGACCGCUUCGAUGUGAAGGCGUUUAGCAUGUAUUUCAUUUUGUUAUCGCUGCUGCUCAUCGCGAUCUUUCACGCUGUGCCGCCCAUAAGGCGAGUCUAUCCAUACAAUUACUUCUUCAUGCUGGUCACGGCCGAGUUCAUGAUCUUGGGCGCAGGCGACCUGGGCUUUGAUAUUGGUGGUGUUCCUUUGACAAUAGCUGUUACCAUUAUAAUCGCCAUCAUGGAGAUAUGUCUUAUAAUAAUUGGCGCCAUUUUGAGUGAGUUUCUGCCGCUGAAUUCGUUUCUGUUCGUCUCGUCGACAUAUCUGAGCUUUAUGCUGGCCACUAGCAUGAUCUUCCUGAAUUUCAUGGUGCAUGUGCGAGUUACUUUGAUAAUAAUGCGACUAAUGCUGCUCUAUACUGUCAUAGCGAUGUGCAUCUAUCAAUCGAUGUGGGUGCAUAGUCGCGACUGCAGUGAUGAGCAUGCGAAUGAUGAAUACUUGCUAAUGGGAUUGCUGCUCUUCCUGGACUUUGUUGUGUUCUUUGUUCUAUCGCCAUUUUACAUUAUGCAACCGCCAGAGUUCACAGAGGUCAACAAGUGUUUCUGCGAAUGCCUCCCUUAUGAUAGACAAAUGUAA